CAGUCGAUUUACACGUAUGAAAGAUUCUAGAGAAACAUAUCUAGUCUGCAUGAUGUUAUAACCUUAAAAUCAAUCGUUUUUUAUUUUUAUGAUUAUUUUGAUUCUAAUAAUGUUAUAGUCCAGAAAUCAAUCAUUCUCAAUGGCUUAUCAAACUUUUCGUCAAGAAUACUUGCAUAUGCCCGUUGUUACACGGGCAUAUACAACAGCUUGCGUCAUUACAACUUUAGCUGUCCAAUUAGAUUUGGUUUCACCAUUCCAAUUGUAUUUCAAUCCUAUAUUGAUAACACGACAAUGGCAGCUCUGGCGUUUAAUUACCACUUUCCUAUUUUUUGGGACUAUUGGAUUCAACUUUUUGUUCAAUAUAAUAUUUACAUACAGAUACUGUCGAAUGUUAGAGGAGGAAUCGUUUCGGGGAAGAACAGCUGAUUUUGUUAUGAUGUUUAUUUUUGGUGGUGUUUGUAUGAUUAUAUUUGCCUUUUUUGUGAACUUGUUAUUCUUAGGACAUGCUUUUACAAUAAUGCUGGUCUAUGUUUGGUCACGGCGUAAUCCUCUAAUAAGAAUGAAUUUCUUUGGACUGCUCAAUUUCCAGGCACCCUAUUUACCAUGGGUACUCCUUGGAUUUUCUGUAUUAUUGGGAAAUGCAGUAUGGGUAGAUUUAAUUGGAAUGGCUGUUGGACAUAUAUAUUAUUUUGCUGAAGAUGUUUUUCCUCAACAAGUUGGUGGAUUCCGAAUACUUAAAACUCCUCAUAUUUUAAAAGUCUUGUUUGAUUCCAACACUGAUGAUCCAGACUAUACGCCAUUACCCGAAGACAGACCAGGUGGUUUCAACUGGGGUCAAAUGCCAAAUAUUCAGUGAUUUAAAACAAUGUUCAUUCUUAUUUUAAUUAAUAUAUAGAAAACAAUUAAGAUUCAGGUGGAUCUUAUGAAGAUACUAUUUAUGAAUGUAAAUGUAUAUUAAUAAAUGUAAAUUACGGAUUUUGUAAGAUCA